UGUUUCAACAUUUCUCCGUGUUCAAUCAAGAUCUGCGUGCAAUUCACUUCAUUUCUUUCUCGUCGUACAAUCGUUGCAGUAGUGUAAAAAGUGUUUUGUUCCGAACUUUAUCAGCUUUCGAAUUUAAUCGAACUGCAGACGCGGAUCGUUCACGCAAACGAUUAAAGGCACUGCUGUUAGCUGCGUCCCCAUACACAAGCGAAAAGGAAACAAACAUGGAUGACAUCGACGAUUUCUUCGAUUUCAGCAAACCUUUCAACCGGGUAGUUAUUUCCGGUGGGUACUGCAAUGCUACGGUGGUGGAAGAUAAAAGCAUCUUUGCCAAGAUGCCCGAACGAGAAAAACUUGGAAAGGAAUAUGUUGGGAAGUUUGUAAAGGAGGAGGAAUCCCAGCUGAUCAGUGCGUUCCUGGACGAAGCCGCUGGUCCGUCAACAUCGCGUACUUCUAAUUUGGAGGAUGUAGACGACGAAACUUCAAUGGCUGACGAGGAUGAGGAGCAUACAAAAGCGUUAAAAGCUAAGGAGAUGAUGGCUCCGUUGUUCCAGCGGUACAAUUUUGUGGUAAAACCAGGUAAACUCCCUAUCCGGUUUGCAAAAGAUGAUAUUCUGGAGAAGAUUCGUACGAACGCUGUUGUAAUUCUGCAAGGACCUACCGGUUGCGGUAAAACAACGCAAGUUCCACAGUACAUUUUGGAAGAAGCUUAUCAACGAAAGGAAUAUUGUAACAUUAUUGUGACACAACCUCGUAAGAUUGCCGCUAUGUCCAUUGCAAAUCGGGUGGCUGAUGAGCGAAAAUGUAGAACGGGGGAAUUGGUCGGGUAUAAAGUGGGUUUGAAAGAAUGCGUAUCUCCAGAUACUCGUCUACUCUAUGUAACAACAGGAGUGCUGUUGCAGUCUUUGAUCACUUCCAAAUCAAUGGCCAAUUACACCCAUGUUAUUCUGGAUGAAAUUCAUGAACGGGAUGUAGAUAUUGAUUUCCUGCUAAUAAUUGUUCGUCGGUUGCUGGCCACAAAUUCAACAAAGACUAAAGUCAUUCUGAUGUCGGCAACAAUUGAUGCUAAAGUUUUCUCGGAGUAUUUUAAGAUUCCAAAAAAGAGUGGUUAUCUUUCUGCUCCAAUAUUGUCGGUAGAUAAACCGUCACAGUUUCGAGUCAAAGAUUAUUACCUUGAUGAUCUAGAUAAGCUAAAAACUGAUUUCACGAUUGAUUUUGAGAACCCAGGAAUCUCCCCAGAGAUGUACAAACUCGCAUCGAAAUUAGUGUUCGUAUGCGAUCGACUUCUAGAAGACAAUGAUAACGAAGAGAGAAUAUUGGCCUAUAAACCAUCGAUUAUAAUAUUUCUACCUGGAAUCAAUGAAAUUGAACAAAUGUAUGACAGUUUGAUGGGAAUGAUGGAACAAACUCAGCAUAAAAGUGAAACAAACCUUAAACUCAUUAAGCUGCAUUCGACAAUGCCAACUGAAGAACAGGUGGAAGUUUUUCGUCGUCCCGCUCCCGGUCAGCGUAAAGUGAUUCUUUCGACAAAUAUUGCUGAAAGUUCCAUAACUGUUCCAGACAUCAAAUUUGUUAUCGAUUUUUGCUUACAACGUCUCCAGUAUACGGAAUCAAGUACGAACUUCAAUUCGUUGCGUACGCAGUGGGCUUCGCACAGUAACUGCGAACAGCGUCGUGGUCGCGCCGGUCGUGUUAUGGACGGUCGAGUAUAUCGAUUGGUUACUCGUCGUUACUACGAACAUCAGAUGAAGGUUCCGAUUCCUCCGGAGAUGCUGCGUUGUCCGCUCGAUGCUGUGGUACUAAAAGCUAAACUUCUAGAAAUGGGUCCACCUCAUUCCAUUCUUGCCUUGGCUAUGAAUCCUCCGGAUUUGAGUGACAUCCGUAACACAGUACUACAACUUAAAGAAAUGGGUGCCUUACUGAGCACAGUAAACGGCAACUAUGAACAGCUAGAUGGAGACUUAACUUGUCUGGGGCGCGUUAUGGCUAAACUGCCGAUAGACCUGCGCAUGUCAAAAUUAAUCAUGCUUGGAUACGUUUUCAGCGUGCUAGAAGAAGCCAUAAUUAUUGCCGCUGGAAUGAACUCGAAGAAUAUUUUUCUCAUUCAUAAUAAUGUAAGAAGUUAUACACAGAAAAUGUACUGGGCUGAUGGAUCGGGUAGUGACGGAAUUGCCAUCUUGAAUGCCUUCAUCGCAUGGAAAAGUCGCAAGGAACAAUCCGGUGACGGUGGUGACAUGGCCAGUUGGACUCGCCGUAUGUCGUUGGAUCUGAAAUGUUUAAUGGAUAUGGCUGAGCUAAUUCGUGAAAUCAAGGAUCGCUUGAAAAGGAUUGGAUUUAAAGAAACGUAUGGACCGAAUCGAGUUGUGUGGUCAUCCCGCGAGAAGACGGUCAUCUUGAAAGUGAUUAUGGCUGGAGCCUUCUAUCCACAUUACUACGUGCCCAUGUCCGUCGGCGGAAAGGAACUGAUGGAACGACAAUCGUUCACUGAACUGGGAGGACGUGAUCCUUGCAAUACGGUGUUUUUCACUGGGUUUGAUCAUGAAAGAUACAUCGGUUCGCUGUACACCGUUCAGAUUAAGAAUAUUAUCAGUGAAGGGGAUGUUUCCCGACAUCAAAACAUGAAGGUAAUGUUUGACCGAACCACCAAUCGUAUUUUCGUUACCUUCCUGGGCAGUAAUGACGAACGGGAUCAGCGUGGUUCGUUCAUGCCCGGAAAAGUGCACUCCGAUGUGUACCGUGCGAUAAAACUGCGCAAGAUGGGAACCCGUAACCGCAUUUCCGAGCUUCGUACUAUGCGACAAAAGGAUGCCAUUGAGUUUGCCACUAAACUGAAUCUCGGUCACUGGGAGGAUGCGAACGGAUGGGUCUCCCGUCGAAAAGUGGUCAAAAACGCUCAUCUAUCGGUCGUUCCGCCUAUUUACCGCGCCAGUAUGGUGUGUCAAGUGACGCACGUAGUGCACUGCAACAAGUUCCACCUACGCCCGGAGGACAGCCGAAACAAGGACAUUUUCGCCGAAAUUCAUACCAAGUUGAAUUCCAAUUCGUAUAGAUUGUCACGUUUCGACCCAGAGUUUCACUUCUCGGCUGGUCUGAUGGUUGCUGCCCCAUUGCAAGAGGGUAGUGACCAAUAUGCUAGGGCCGUUCUCAAAAGUUACAAAAACAUGCGACGCUCCGGUGACGUCCUAUGGAUUAUUUUCUUCCUGGAUUACGGACAUACUGCUGUUUUGGGAGAAUCGGCAUUCAGACGAUUAGACGGUCCACUAGAAUAUCUAAAGGAUGUUCCUCAACGUGUAUUUGAAGCUACUUUGACAGAGAUUCAACCAUCGGCAAUCAUCUCACCGCAAGGUAUCUGGGCAGCCGAAUCGAUUAACAGAUUUAAGGAGAUGACUCUUGGAAAGAUUUUCAUCGCCGAGAUUUAUUCGGUUGUCAACAAUGUGGCGAGUGUGAUACUAAGAAAGGGAGACGAACUUCCAAUAAAUUCCGAACUCAUCCGGCUUAAGUACGCUCAGUAUUCAGAGGAAAGCUAUAUUUCCAAGCUUGACCAUGAUUCACGUGAGCGUAAGCAGCGGGAAAUGUCACUAGAUGAAAAUAUGCGUAUGGAAGUGUACCGUACGGCUGAAUUGAACCAGAACAUGUACGAAGAAGAAGAACUCGAAGAUGUGUCCCCUCCGGAAGAAAAGCUUCGUUGCAAGGUAGUCCUUUCAGGUCCACACAGUCCGCUGGAAACUAGUGCUUCGUCCACCAUUCAAUCGGGUGUAAUGACAGCGGUAACAAUCGAAGCCGACUCCGUAAAUUCGGUAUUACUAGAUUCCAAUCCUCAAGAUACCCACGAGAAAUUGCUGGUAGCCGGAUUUGUAAACGAACAGGGAAAUCGUCUGGUCCUCCGCCAGACUUCAAUGAUGCCAAAUAUUCCAGGAUUCGGAGCACUUAUGGCACUGAUUUUCUGUCCUACUUGUCAGCUUAAAAAAGACGCAGACGAGACGCGUGUCGUUACCAUUCUUUGUGGGUUAGGCAUGGAUAGCACAACAGGCGAAUCGUUAUAUCCUGAACAUGACAUGGCUCUGUCACUAGAUGUCGUUCUUACCGACGAUGACAUUUCGCAAAUUAAUGCUUUACGGUACACAAUCGACAGCAUUUUGCUCACCGAUAAGGACCAGGCAAUGCCCAAGUUCAACAACGUUUCCAUCGAAAAGUUAAAGAUCAACAUUAAAAGUUUCAUCAUCAAAAUCUUGGAAGCUGAGCGAAAGUUCCUGGAUGUUCGUCAUGCUCCCAAUGAUUACGCGUGGAAGACCGAUUUGAACGCAAGUGGCGGUUCCUCCUCCAAGAGGCGCAAAGAUGACCUGAACAUCUACAAGAACGCCAUUUUCCCGCUACAUGAACCGCUGAAUCUGUUGCCAGUCAGUGCUAAACAGAUCGACUUUUUGAAACGGCACUGCCGCGAGUUACACAAACUGGCACUCACUGAUGUUCAUCUUCCGCGGCACGGAAUCACCUGUCAAAUGUGUAAUACCAUUCUGGAAACGCUGCCACAGUUGCGUAUUCAUCUCUAUUCUAAAUUGCAUCGGGAUCGUGAGUCGCAAAUCAAGUUCCGCUAGUGAUUAUUGUUUACAUAACAUAUUUGAUCAGCUCUUUCUGAAAAUCUUAGCAUAUGUUCUAAUGCUGAUCGACUUUCGAAGUAUUUUAUGUUUAGACGAGGAGUUCGCGGUGAACGUUCAGAACAAGUUUUGUUGACAGUUUUUUUCUAUCAUGCACCGAAUUUGUGAUCAGUUCAACGUAGAUUCCAUAAAUAAAAAUCAUUGCUCACCAUUGUUAUGAGCAAUAGCUAAAAGUACAAGUAGAAUGUUUCCUUUUUAUAUCUAAUGGCAAAAUUAAACGGUUCUAAAUCAAAAUUUAAAAUGGACUUAAUAUAACAAGUGCAUAAAAAACCUUCGUUUUUUGAACCCCUCUAGCCCAUCCGUUGAUAAGCGUUGACGAUUUCUGUCAUUCUUUCCCCUCUGUAGGGUAACUACGCGGACAUUUUCAAGGUUGUUUGUGUUUUUCAUAAAAAGCUCCAAAUUCCAGGCAAAAUAUAUAUUUUUCCAAUGUAUAUGACUGUAUUCAAAAUUAUGUAUACUAUCGUAAACCGAUGGAUCAAUCGAACCUUUUAUUGAUCUUUUCAUUUGCCUCAUAGUCUUACGAAUCAUUUAUAUAUAUAUUUCAUGCGGAUUUAACGAAGAUUGUCCGUUUAUUAUGCUAUAAAAUUAAAAAAAAGAUGCUGAUACAGCUCACCUUUUUAUGUAUCAUAAAGUGUGUUAUUUCUAAAAAAUAAAGGAUUGUGUACAAGACACAACCACAGUGACAUUAAAAAUCAAGUAAUUUUCACGAACGAAAUAAAGUUAUCCAAUCAAGA